AGAUAACCGCCGCUCGUUGCCGGCAGACAAUCAGCGUCGCCUUGAUUAUGCAUAAUGGCCAGAGAUGGGUUUUCGAUAGCCUACGAGAUAUGAAAAGCGAUCAUGAUCCCUGCUAUCUCUUAAAGGUGCACUAUACGCCGCUACGUACAACGACGAUGAGAGUCUUACAAGGUGCCUUGUUAUGUGGUGUGUGGUGAUUCCUAGAGAAGGCGCUUACGGUGAUGCAUACCAACUCGCGGCCUAUCGAGGCUCUGACAAAGUGCUCGAGAUGCUACUCGCAAGAUAUAAGCCAGAUGACGGGAGAAUGUAUCGCUACGGGCCCUUUAAAAGUCCCAUUGGUGCGGCCGCAGCGAAAGGACAUGUCAACGCUGUUAGACUUCUAAUACGGUGGAAACUGACCGGUGUGGUGGUUAGAUACCCCUUCAAACAAACCCCCCUGUUUCUCGCGGUAAACCGUGGGCAUAUUGGUGUUGUCGAGCUACUGCUAAAGGAAGGAAUAGAAGACCCUAGGAGCAUCGACACCUUUGGAUACACGCCUCUUUCACUGGCGGUCAGGAGAGGCCACGAGACCCUCGUCAAGUUUCUACUAAAAUUUCACGAGCUCUAUCCAGGUUGUAGGAAAAUCUGCCCAAACCAAGGAAUGCGUGGCCAACUCCCAUUGCAGGUUGCUGUUCAGAGAAGGUUGAGCGGGAUGGCCAAACUCCUACUGGGACGAUAUGAUACGGACCCGAACUGCCAGAAUGAGAAGGGCGGAACCCCAUUGAUGAUUGCGAUAGAAUCCAACCAGAUGGAAAUUGUUCGUUGUCUUUUAUCUGACCACAGAACAGUACAGGUUUUCCGGAAUCAUGAGGGGAUGACGUACUUGAUGCAUGCGGCAUGGCAGAGAAUUUCGAACACCAUGCAGCCUAGAGCUGCCAUGCCAACAAACCUGAAUUUGAAGACGAACGAUGGCAGGACCGCGCUCCACAUAGCUGUCCAGAAAGGGACUAAAGAAUCUAUUGAUCUUCUCCUCAGCCGGAAUGACAUUGACCCCAACGCCCAGGAUAUCUAUCUUUCCAGCGCUCUCCAUUAUGCAGCUUGUUAUGGUUGUUUCCCGGCUGUUCAAUCGUUGCUUUCGCAUCCAUCGACCAACCCAAACUUACUUGACAAACAGAUGAUGACCCCGCUGUAUAUCGCUGUCGCGGAGGGACAUGUUGAAAUUGUCAGAUUGAUGAUCAAGCACUCCAACACCAACGUAAACUGCCAAUGUAGCACUCGUGCAAGUACUCCAUUGAUACGCGCAGUUCGCGAAAAUAAUACCGAGAUGAUACAGGUUCUUUUAACUUCAAGCAGGGUGGACAAGGAUGUGCAAGAUUACAGGGGAGACACCGCUCUCACAAUAGCAGCUUCCAGCCGCAGGACAAUUAUCGCGCAACUGCUACUCCAGAGCCCCUUACCGAACCUUGAUCUCACCACGCUGGAUGGCAUGUCAGCAUUGCGAUUGGCUAUCGAGGCAGGAAGUACAGAAAUCAGGAGACUUCUCAUAAACCAUGGAGCGGAGGCAAGGCUGCCUCCCGAUGAUGUUUAACUGCCUGCAAUGACCACGAGAGGGUGGUUCGUCUACUGCUUCCCAUGUUGGAGAUCCUACCAGGCUGACGACGCAUAGAGCGAAUUGCUCUGUGCCUCUGCGAGUGACGUUAGCUUAUUUGUUAUGCUUGAACGAAC